CUCUUUCAGCUUUAGCUCAGCUCAGCUCGUCUCAGCAGCAGCGGCGGCUCCGGGUGCCGGUGACCCAUUUUCAUCUUUUCUCUGUUUUAUAAAGCUGCCAACACGUCUUACGCAAUGAGAGGCGAUCGUGGAAGGGGCCGUGGUGGUCGCUUCGGCUCCCGUGGAGGUCUAGUUCAGGGGUACCGCCCUUUUGUCCCACACAUACCGUUUGACUUUUAUGUUUGUGAGAUGGCUUUUCCACGAGUGAAGCCGGCACCUGAUGAGACUGCAUUUAGUGAGGCUCUUCUGAAGCGCAACCAAGAUCUCACUCCAACACCAUCUGAGCAGUCUUCCAUUUUGUCCUUGGUAACUAAGAUUAACAACGUCAUUGAUAAUUUGAUUGUGGCACCUGGAAACUUUGAAGUGCAAAUCGAGGAGGUGCGGCAAGUUGGCUCAUACAAAAAGGGUACAAUGACAACAGGACACAAUGUAGCCGAUCUUGUGGUUAUUCUGAAGAUUCUUCCCACUUUGGAGGCAGUUGCAGCCUUGGGAAACAAAGUGGUGGAGACUCUCCGCACCCAGGACCCAGCAGAGGUGCUCUCUAUGCUUACCAACGAGACUGGAUUUGAGAUAAGUUCUGCUGAUGCUACAGUAAAGAUCCUGAUCACUACUGUCCCCCCUAAUCUGCGCAAACUCGACCCAGAACUCCACCUUGACAUCAAGGUGCUGCAGAGUGCUCUCGCUGCUAUUCGCCAUGCUCGCUGGUUUGAGGAGAAUGCCUCACAGUCAACGGUGAAGGUUUUGAUCCGCUUACUGAAAGACCUGCGAGUACGAUUUCCAGGGUUUGAGCCUCUUACCCCCUGGAUAUUGGAUCUCCUGGGACAUUCUGCUGUCAUGAAUAACCCAUCCAGACAGCCCCUUUCACUGAACGUUGCCUACAGGCGCUGUCUGCAGAUGCUAGCAGCUGGGCUAUUUCUGCCAGGCUCUGUAGGAAUCACUGAUCCAUGUGAAAGUGGAAACUUCCGUGUGCACACUGUAAUGACCCUAGAGCAGCAGGACAUGGUAUGUUUUACAGCCCAGACACUAGUGAGGGUCCUUUCUCACGGUGGCUACAGGAAGAUCUUGGGACUUGAGGGCGAUGCCAGCUAUCUGGCCUCUGAGAUGUCCACCUGGGACGGAGUGAUCGUCACUCCAUCUGAGAAAGCCUAUGAGAAGCCUCCAGAGCGCAAGGAAGAGGAGGAUGAAGCUUUGGAAGAGGGAGGAGAAGGAGAAGAUGAAAGCAUGGAGACACAGGAGUGAUGUUUUUAAACUACACCAGACAUCUGCCAGUUGUUUCCCAUUCAACCCCCCAGGUCCCCAAGGCCUGUUCAUCCUCUCUCCCCUUCUAUGAAUGUAGCCUGUGGCAGCAGACUAUAUGGACCAAAAGACACCAGCUGCACCAACCAUCUAUCUGCUGUCAGUCUCCUCAACCUGUGGCUUCUGUUUUACUAGGGGAGGGAAGUUGAACCCCCAUCGGUUUCUAAUGUGGACUUUUUUUUUUUUUUUUUUUUACUUUGUACCAGUAACUGAUAAAUUAAAGUUUUUAUUUCCUUUUA